AUGGCUUCUCUGGCCAGGCAGAACCAGCCUCACUUUGUCUUAAUCCCACUCAUGGCACAAGGCCACAUGAUCCCCAUGGUAGACAUGGCUAGGCUUAUUGCAGAGCGUGGGGUGAUGGUCAGCUUGGUCACUACCCCAUACAAUGCCUCAAGGUUUGAGGCAACAAUUUCCAGAGCAAUAAAAUCUGGCCUUCAAAUAGCUCUUGUGGAAAUCCCAUUUCCAUGCCAGGAAGUGGGGCUUCCAAUUGAGUGUGAGAAUCUUGACAUGUUGCCAUCAAGAGACCUGCUCAGAAAAUUCUAUAAGGCUCUAAAUCUGCUACAAGAACCGCUCGAACGCUACCUUAACGAGCACAAUCUGCCUCCGAGCUGCAUAAUAUCCGACAAGGCCCUAUCAUGGACGUUGAAAACAGCUCAGAAAUUCAAUAUUCCGAGGAUUGUUUUCCAUGGGAUGUGCUGCUUCUCACUGCUGAGCUCUCAUAAUGUCAAGUCCUCUGAUGUUCUCCGCUCUGUCACCUCUGACUAUGAACCUUUUGUAGUGCCAGGGUUGCCCCAGAGGAUUGAGAUCACGAAGGCCCAGCUGCCCGGAUCAUUUGUUACCCUACCCGAUUUGGAAGAUUUUCGGGAGAAGAUACAAGAGGCAGAAUCAAAGUCUUAUGGGGUUGUGGUGAAUAGCUUUAAUGAAUUGGAACAUGGGUGUGCUGAGGAGUUGGAGAAGGUGCUUGGUAAAAAGGUUUGGUGCAUUGGGCCUGUUUCUUUGUGCAACAGAAACAAUUUGGACAGGUUUUCGAGAGGCAACAAAGCUUCCAUUGAUGAGAUGCAAUGCUUGGAGUGGCUUCACUCUAUGAAACCAAGGUCUGUCAUUUAUGCUUGUCUUGGAAGCCUUUGCAGACUAGUUCCAUCACAAUUGAUACAACUUGGGCUUGGUUUAGAGGCAUCAGGGCAACCAUUUAUCUGGGUGAUAAAAACAAGUGAGAAAUAUUCACAAUUGGAGAAGUGGUUAGUGGAGGAAAGAUUUGAGGAAAGGAUCAAGGGGAGGGGUCUUUUGAUCAAAGGUUGGGCUCCACAAGUUCUUAUUCUCUCAAGUCCUGCAAUUGCAGGGUUCUUAACUCACUGUGGUUGGAACUCAACAAUAGAAGGGGCAUGUUCUGGUGUGCCAAUGAUAACAUGGCCUCUAUUCGCAGAGCAGUUCUUCAACGAAAAGCUGAUCAUAGAGGUGCUAAGGAUCGGUGUUCGGGUAGGUGUAGAAGUCCCGGUUAGGUGGGGGGAUGAAGAGAAAGUUGGAGUGUCGGUCAAGAAAGAUGGAGUGAAGAAGUCAAUAGAAGCACUGAUGGAUGAGGGUGAAGAAGGCGAAAGGCGAAGAAAGAGAGCAAGAGAAGUUGGAGAGAAGGGUAGAAGGGCAAUGGAAGGAGGGUCAUCUCACUCAAAAAUGUCAUCUUUAAUUCAAGAUGUUAUGGAACAACCUAGUACUCAAGACAAAUGUUAA